UAUAAAAAUGAAUAGUGUAUAAUAAUAUCUAGUAUACUAAAAAAAUUAGCGGUAAAAAAAUUAAAUUGUAGCACCUCUACACAUAUGCCAUACUGGAUGGUGUAUCAAAAAAAAACCGUUUGAAUUUAUAGAAAUACCACGAGAUGCGGGUGUGUAUGACAACACGUGCAAUUUACGUAUAAAAAUAUAACAUUACGCAUUAUGUUAAGUGUACUAGCUCGGCGAACAACGAAUCUCCUUCGUCGUGAAAUUACAGGAAGAUAUAAAUUGGUAACGAGAACUGUGCAAAAGACUUGGACGAAGGUCGGAAAUAUCGACACGCUGUCGAGGACCGAUCCUGCCAUUAUGAAGUUAGACUGUCCGGAAUUUCAUUCCGUUUUUACACCGGAAUUGCAGACCCUCGCGGAUUUAUUCAAGAAAUAUAAUUACGAAUUACGAAUCGCCGGCGGCGCCGUUCGAGAUAUUCUCAUGGGUAAACAGCCCAAGGAUCUUGAUUUUGCAACCGAUGCUACACCGCAGCAGAUGAAGGAUAUGUUCACGAAGGAGGAGAUCAGAAUGAUAAAUGAGAAAGGGGAGAAGCAUGGAACGAUAACGGCGAGAAUAAAUGACAAGGAGAACUUUGAAAUUACUACCUUGCGAAUCGACGUUCUGACUGAUGGACGGCACGCGCAAGUAGAAUAUACAAAGGAUUGGAAGUUGGAUGCAAAUAGGCGAGAUCUAACUAUUAAUUCCAUGUUUCUUGAUCUGGAUGGCACGUUGUAUGAUUAUUUUUACGGUUACGAGGAUCUGAAGAAAAAACGAGUGGUUUUUGUAGGCGAUGCUAGUCUCAGGAUACGUGAAGAUUAUCUACGAAUCCUCAGGUAUUUCCGUUUCUAUGGAAGAAUAAUGGACAAUCCUGAUAGACACGAUGAGGCUACAAUAAUUGCAAUAAAAGAAAAUAUUGACGGUCUGUCACAAAUAUCCGGUGAGAGAAUCUGGAGCGAGUGGAAUAAAAUACUGAUGGGCAAUUUCGCCUUAGAAUUGACUCUGAAACUGCUCGAAUGCGGCAGCAGCAAAUACAUCGGUCUACCCGAAAAACCUGCCAUAGAAAAUUUUCGAACUGUUUAUCAACGCGCCUCAUCCAAUAACGUAAUUUUGAAGCCCAUAUCCUUAAUUGUGUCGAUGUUGAAAAACGAAGAUGAGGUAAUGACGCUGCACAGUAGAUUGAAACUGUCCAGAUCUGAAAGAGACUUGGCGUUAUUCCUGGUGCAACAUAGGGAGUAUAAGCCCUGUGAGAAACCAUUAAAACCUUAUCAGAAACUGGUCUUCGCUCAGCAAACACACAAAUAUGACGUCUAUCGAGAAUACGUGAAGGAGGUGUUGAGGUAUCGUGGCGCAAUGAAACUUCUAGAUGAAUUUGAACAAUGGAAAAUUCCGAAAUUUCCCAUCAAUGGUUAUAUGAUGAAAGAACGCGUGCCGAACCACAAAUUAUUCAGUCAAGUUUUAAUAGAAUUGAGAAACAUAUGGAUUGAUGAGGACUUUCAGCUCACCAAUGAGCAACUUCUCGAACAUGUACCAAGCAUACUCAAUGAAUUACAAGAAAAAAUGAAAGAUCAAAAGCAUUACAAAAAGACAUGAAAUACAUGUUUUCUAAAUAUUGAAAGAGUUUUACGUGUACCUAUAACAAAACUGUCGUCGUUCUAGAAAUGGAAAUGUAUAGAUUAAUUUGUUACUUUGCAACUCAGUUUUCAAAUAGAUUUGAAAUGUUACAGUUACAGUUAAUAAUUUUUUUUUAAUAUUUUAUGAAAAAAAGAUAAAACAUUUUUUACAUAAAAGACUUUUUUUGUACAAAUUAUCUCAAAUAAAAUAAAAUAUCUGUGUGUGUAUAUAUAUAUAAAAGAAAAUGUUGAAUGAAAUUGAAAACUCAAUACUGUCAAAUAAAAACUUAAUUGCAUUAGCAUUUAUUGGUAUCUGAACAUAUUUCUGAAAAGCAUAAAAAGAAGCUAGAUUAGGCAUUCAAAAAUUUAGGAAUAAAAAUCCUGCAUUUCGUGAUUAUAUAAUUCUACAAGAUGUGCUAUACAACAUUGUAGCAGGUGUAAUAGGUGUAUAAAACGAAAAUUAUAAAGCUGCUAUGAAACAUAUCUUUAAUUUAAACGAUACGAUAAUAGCGCGAUAAUUUGCGUAAUAAAUCGCUAUAUUAUAUAAUAAUAAUAAAUGUAAAAGGCUGUAUAUAAACAUUGUGUAGAUUAAAGUUACACAUUUUGUAUAUCAGGGAGAAACACAUCACACUGUUGGAAAUAGCAAUCGCAUAUAUGAAAUAAACGUAUGCUUUUUUUGCGUUUUUAAAAAGAGUUCUUUGUUAUGACUUACAUUUCCAAGUAUAGCCUGUGAAGUAAUUUAAACGUGUAUCAUAUCUUUACAAGGGAAUAUAUAUGAUGUGAAAAAUGAAGGAAAUAAAAAAGAGAAACUAUAAUGAUACACGUUCGCAUCAGAAACGAAUAAUCUAGAACAAUUAGUAAAAUGCAGUCACGGUAGGAUCACAUAAGAUAAACAAUCUAUCGCUCGGCUGUCAUAUACAAUCAUUUUGACUUGCAUAAAAAUAAUCACUUAUAUGUAUUUUGGCUAUCUUUUAAAUUACAUUUUAGAUCGUUCCUAAACACUCAGAUCUUUACAGACGCAUACACAUUGCUACUGCAUCAAAUGCAAUGAUAUAUAUGUAUAAGAGUACAAUAAUACAACAGCUAUUUAGUUAUCGAUACCCACAUCUUGAUACACGUUUUUAUUCCUUUACACUUUUGUAGUAGACACUUUUUGAUAGCAUUACAUUCUCUCUGUUUCGCUCUUUCUGAUCUCACAGGUGAAUUUAAAAGCGUGUGAUAGCGUUGUUAUUUUUUUCUAUCAUAUAGUAAAGAUUUAAAAGAUUUAGAUUGCAUUUAUUGUCUUAACCCUUCUAGAUGACAUUUGAGUGCAUAUAAUUUGUGCAUCAUCACACAAUCUGCUAGUCAACAAUAUUAUCAAUAUAUAUAUUAUAUCAAUAUAUAAUAUAUUAUCUUGGAAGGGUUAAGAUCUUGAAAGAGUGAGAGAUCAAUUUUGAAAAGAGUGAACAUCUAAAAAUCCAACCCUUUGAAUAUGCAGGUAAGUAGGUGGGUAAAUAAAUUAUUAAGGAAAUAAAAUAUAGAGAAUAAUACAUUUAAA